AUCUGACUUUAGUAUCGUUUCGAACGUUUGUCGAUCUCCAUCUAGGAGACCGUCUAUCGUCGUAUUUGCCAUAUUCAAAAUCGCACAUAGUUCUUAGUUCCAUUAUUCCGCUUUCUUUACCUCUGCUUUCGGAACGAUUUGAAAUUCUCUGUAAUCCAUACAAAAUAUUCAGGAAAAAUACACGAACCUCGGAACGAUAACUGUCUGGACCUCAUGUUUUUUCUUAAGUGAAUGGUGAAGUUUCCUUUAAUAAGUUGUUAGUUGAUGGACGGGAUUUCUCGGAGGAUCGGUUAGGUUACGGAGAAACGAAAAUGCGUUCGCCGGGGGGUCGUUUAGACCUCUUCGGGUGCGGUAUCACGGUGUCCUUGGCCAGGACAUUUGGUGUUAUAUUCGCGAUAUAUCUUGUACUGCAAGUUAAUGUCAAUAUUGCAGAUGCUAAGGAAUGCAAUCGAACAAAAUGUGACUGCCAAGGCCUAAAGGGGAAAAUGGGUAUUAUUGGACCCCCGGGUAUUCCGGGUCAGGAAGGACCUCCAGGUGAUGUAGGCCCCGAUGGUCCACCAGGUCGUCCUGGUGAAUUGGGUGAUAGUGGAGAAUAUGGAGAGGUUGGCGAAAAAGGUCAACGAGGCGAACAAGGCGAAAUGGGUUUUCAAGGUCGCGAAGGAUAUCCGGGACCACCUGGUGAGGAAGGUCCACGCGGGCCGCGUGGUUUGGAUGGCUGUAAUGGUACUGAUGGCACAAUGGGUACUCCAGGCAUACCUGGCGGUUAUGGUGCUCGUGGCUUACCUGGUGAGCCUGGACCUCAGGGACCUCGUGGUGACCCUGGUGAAGGCGGUAUAAAUUCUAAAGGGACCAAAGGUAUGCAAGGCGAACGAGGAAUUGAUGGGCUACCUGGUGGACAAGGAUAUGGAGGACCUAUUGGACCGAAGGGAUAUACCGGAAUACCAGGCUUACAAGGACCACGAGGAUACCCAGGAGACGUUGGCGAUGUAGGUGAUGCAGCACUUCACUUGGAAGUCCUGAUAGCGGUAGGAGAAAGAGGAGACAAAGGCGAACCGCCAGAUUUAGAUUUUCUACCGCUUAAAGGAGGACGAUACGUGGUGGAAACUGUUGGUCGUCCUGGGCCUCAAGGACAGCCAGGUUUAAAAGGAGAACGAGGUGAUGAAGGAAAUCCUGGUCGACCGGGACCAAGAGGACCUCAAGGUGAACGUGGUGAUAGCGGUUCCGUUGGAGAUCGUGGGAAGCCUGGCAAAAUUGGUCCGCCGGGAAGAGAUGGACCAAAAGGUCAUAAGGGAGCUCCUGGAUAUCCAGGCCCGGAUGGAAGAGACGGCGCAAAAGGUCAACUAGGAGAAGACGGAUACGACGGCAUACCGGGCGUACAAGGUCCUGUUGGACCACCUGGAAUUUAUGACCCUAAUUUAGAUAUUAGUUUUCCGGGUUCAAUUGGACCGCAAGGUGACAUGGGCGAGGUAGGACCUCAAGGAAUGCAUGGAAUUCCUGGUCAAGUUGGUCGACGUGGAGUAAUGGGUUUUGCUGGAGAGCCAGGCGAUGCCGGAAGGCCAGGCCCACCAGGCCCAAAAGGUAUUUCAAUUAAAGGUCAUCCUGGUGAUUAUGGAAUGCGAGGUCCUGAAGGUAGGAUUGGCGAGCCUGGAAUGACGGGUCCUCCGGGUAAACCGGGUAUUAAGGGCUUCCCUGGCCUUGACUUGCCUGGGCCAAAGGGAUAUGCUGGCCUACCAGGACACAAUGGGCCUCCGGGAUAUGUAGGAGACCGCGGAGAACCCGGUUUACCUGGUACGAAAGGAUUACCAGGUAGAGGUGUCAAUAUUACUGGCCCACCGGGACCUGAAGGACUUCCCGGACGACGUGGACCUCCAGGUUUAGAUGGUGAUGAUGGAUAUUUUGGACAGAAAGGUAACAAAGGCAUACGAGGGGACGAUUGUGGUUAUUGUCCUCCUGGUCCAGACGGCAUAAAAGGUGAUCAUGGCGAUGACGGUUAUUCUGGUUUGAACGGACCAAUGGGACCACGAGGAUUACCGGGCCCUCGAGGAAUCAAAGGUGAACCUGGUUCUCCUGGACGAGUAGGUUUUCCGGGUACUAUUGGAACACCCGGCAUUCCUGGUGAUCGUGGUCCACCCGGUAUCAGAGGAAAAGAUGGUCAACAUUUAUUUAUUGGUAAUCAGCAAAUUGCUCAGAAGGGCGAACCUGGAAGACAUGGCUACCGAGGCCCGAAGGGUCAAUCCGGUGAUCAAGGAUAUGGUGGAGCGCCAGGACAGCGUGGCGAACCAGGAGAGGUUGGCAGACGGGGAUUCGAUGGAACACCUGGAAUUCCUGGACGAGAUGGAGCACCUGGAAAGCCUGGUCGAGAUGGCAAGGAUGGAAUUCCGGCAUCGAUUCCAAAACUGUACUUAUUGGGUCAGCCUGGAUGGGAUGGGAGAAGGGGUGAAAAAGGUCCUACUGGUGCAAAAGGUUUGAAAGGCCAAAAAGGCGAACCGCAUCCAGGAUUGACAUAUGAUAAUAAAGGAGACAAAGGAGAGCCAGGUGAUCGGGGUUUUGAUGGCCCGCAAGGCCCUAAGGGACCAAUUGGUGCCGUUGGCUUUCCUGGAUUAGCUGGUGAUAGAGGUUUACCUGGGUUAGUUAGAGCUGGUUCGCAAGGAUCCAAAGGAUAUCCGGGCAUACAAGGUGAUGCAGGCCAGGCAGGACAACCGGGCAGACCCGGAAUUGAUGGCGUUCCUGGGACCGACGGUGGUGCUGGACAAAAAGGACAACGAGGUGAUCCUGGACCGUACAUUCUACCUGGAGAUAUUGGCGCUUCCGGCAUACCGGGUCCAAAAGGCCCCCGAGGCGAUAAAGGAUACCCAGGUUUUGCAGGUCGUACCGGUCCUCCUGGAAUGCGAGGCAUUAAGGGGGAAAAGGGAAAUGUAGGACCGCGUGGAUUGUCAGGUGUUACAGGAAACAAAGGACAGCGAGGUGAUAUCGAAUUUGGAGAUAUGGGACUGCCAGGAUUGCCAGGAAUAGAUGGACGACCAGCGCCUUAUGGAGAGAAAGGAGCAAAGGGUGAUCGUGGUGUUAAUGGACCCAUUGGUGUACGAGGAAUUAAAGGUGAUGUAGGAUGGCCGGGCCGAGUCGGCUUACCUGGUGAUGUGGGAGAGCCUGGAGAUAUAGGACAGCAGGGUGCUUAUGGAUUUGCAGGUAUCGUUGGCGAGCAAGGUGACCGUGGUGAAUUAGGCGAAGACGGCAGACCUGGGGCAGUCGGACCUCGUGGAAUGAUUGGACCUAUGGGUCCAAAAGGUGAACAAGGUGAUGCAGGACCAACCGGUCGACCUGGACGCGAUGGUUUUAGCGGUCGCAAAGGAGAGCGAGGAGAUUUUGGAUUCACUGGAGUGCAAGGACAAAAGGGAGAACGUGCAUUUAGCGGAAUGAAAGGCGAAGUCGGUAAUGCUGGUAACACUGGUUUACCUGGUUAUGUAGGCAGAAAUGGACUGCCAGGGUUAAAGGGAGAGCGAGGUGAACCUGGAAUGUCUUUCGAUGGACCUCAAGGAGCGAAAGGAGAAGCAGGCGUUCCUGGACGAUUUGGUUAUGACGGCAUGACCGGUUUGAAAGGAGAAAUAGGCGAUCAAGGUGAGAUUGGCCCAAUUGGUGAAAUGGGAGAACCAGGAGUUGUUGGUUAUCCUGGACAACAAGGUAGAGCUGGAGUGCAUGGACGUAAAGGUGAACGCGGUGAUGUUGGAGAAGUUGGCUUACAAGGGCAGCGAGGUGAGCAAGGUGAUGUAGGCUUUCCUGGGCGACGUGGUGAAAAAGGUGACUAUGGAGAGUUUGGACGAUCUGGACUAACAGGACCCAAAGGAGAACGCGGUGAGCAAGGCUUUGCAGGAGUUCCAGGUCGUGCUUUGCAACUUGCAGCUCAAAAAGGACCCAAAGGAGAACGCGGCCCAAUCGGAAUUACUGGCAUUCCAGGAGAACCUGGGCGAAUUGGUCUCCCAGGCUUUCAUGGGCGGAAAGGAGCUACUGGCGAUGUUGGAUUUGCCGGCCUCCCUGGACCUGACGGAAUCUCAGGACGAAAAGGCGAAAUUGGAGAUAGAGGUUUCCGUGGAGCACCAGGUCUUCGGGCGACAUAUGUUGAAGCUGGCGAGGAAGGAGUGGCAGGUUUAGACGGUUUGUCCGGAAGGCAAGGCCUAGUCGGACCUAAAGGAGCUCCUGGAGAUUAUGGUGAUGAUGGACGCGAUGGCUUGAUUGGCUACCCAGGUGUUACCAUUAAGGGAAUAAAAGGAGAGAUUGGUGAGCCGGGUUAUCCAGGUAAUCCAGGACGACAUGGGCUCACAGGAUUGCCCGGCCUUCAAGGAUAUCGUGGAGAUCAAGGACGAAAAGGAGGACGUGGUGACCAAGGAAAUUCAUGGCGUGGUCAGACAGGGGACAUUGGCGACGUUGGUCCGCCAGGUUAUCCUGGUCUUCAAGGUGCGAAGGGUGAAGUUGGCGACAUGGGUAUACCCGGACUUCGGGGGCCAGUAGGACCUAAAGGUGCGCAAGGCGAAGUUGGUCUUGAAGGCUGGAGCGGAAUCGAUGGCAAUGAUGGACGAAAGGGAAUUAAAGGAGAACGUGGAUUUACAUUCCCUUAUUCUAUGGCGCCAAGAGGUAGACCUGGAGUUGAUGGAAUACCAGGUUUCAAGGGAGAACGUGGCGAUAUUGGCUUCCCAGGCCUUCCAGGAGCCAUUGGAUUCAUUGGGUUGAAAGGCUACCGUGGUGAAAUAGGUAUUGAAGGCUUUAUGGGACCACAAGGUAUCAAAGGUGAGGUCGGUUACGUUGGAGCGCCUGGUAUCAAUGGAUUGGAUGGCUAUCGAGGAGGGAAAGGUAUUAGAGGCGAUGACGCCCCAUCACCACCACGAGCAAAGAGCCGAGGCUUCGUCUUCACACGGCAUUCACAGAGCGUUCACAUUCCUACAUGCCCACCAAAUACCAUAAAACUUUGGGAUGGAUACUCAUUUGCUGCCUCGAUUGGAAGCAGUCAAACUGUUGGACAAGAUUUAGGGUUGGCCGGAUCAUGUCUUGCACGUUUUACUACAAUGCCAUUUAUGUUCUGUGAUCUUAACAAUGUGUGUAACUACGCUCAGAAUAAUGACGAUAGCUAUUGGUUGUCGACCCUCGAGCCAAUGCCAAUGACUAUGACGCCAAUUGAAUCGAGGGAUUUGAUAAAAUACAUUUCGAGGUGCUCCGUUUGUGAAACUACGACACGUAUUAUUGCUCUGCACAGUCAAACUAUGUCUAUUCCAGACUGUCCAUCCGGCUGGGAGGAGUUAUGGACCGGUUUCAGUUAUUUAAUGACAACCUCCGAUAAUAGCGGUGGAUUUGGACAGAAUUUAAUUUCUCCUGGAUCCUGCUUGGAAGACUUCCGUAUUAAUCCGGUGAUAGAGUGCCAUGGACAUGGACGUUGCAAUUACUAUGAUCCCAUAUCUUCAUUCUGGCUGUCUGUUGUCGAAGAGCAUGAGAUGUUUACCAAACCCAAACAAGAUACUCUGAAGGCUGAUUACACCAGAAAGAUAAGCAGGUGUACGGUUUGCCGUAAGCGGGAAGCAGCCGUCUACCGAGAGUCAAGCAGUAGCUACGGCACAUCGUCAGGUGGCGUACAUCUAGAACUUCGCGGCACGCAAUCCAAUUACCCUCAAACACGGCUUCUCCAACCGUCAUCGAUUCAACGUGCUCCACUGGUUCCAGCCCCACCACCACCACGUCGACCGCGACCACGUGUCCGUAACGGACGUCGACGGUUCAACACUCGACGCCUUUAAGUUUAAGCAAAUUUGAAAAGAAAUUUCAAAAUCCUGUGCCAUUUGAAAAUUAAUUACUUUAUCUUUUAACUGAAUUUAUGCACAGAUGGAAAUUGCCAAAGUGUAAAUAACUCGCCGAUUAUAUCCUUGUAUAAAUCUAAUAAUAGUUACUUUACUACAUAUGUGGAAAUCUACACUCCCAAAUGGAGCACUACUACUUGAAACUGCCAUAAAAGCGUCUUACUAGCCUUUCGUAAUUUGAAUUGCCGGACAAUACUGUCCGGCAGUGAGGAGAUAUCCUCUUAAAUAAUUUCUAGAAUUUAUUUUUUCCGGUUAAAUUUAGAAAUGGUUACCGUCGUAUGCUGGGUAGUCAUCCAUUUAUUUUAGUUUAUUAUUGUUCUUUAUUUUGUAAAUCAAAUCAAUGGAGAAUUGAAACAAUAAAGCGCCAUUAACUAAC